CUGAAAAGCCCCAGAGUUCCGCAUCGCUGCCGCUUGACAGCCAGUAAACAUGGCGUCGGCUCUGUUUGGUCGCCUCGUCCGGCUGUCAGCCCGCGCCUCGCCGCUGGGCCCUUCCAGCGCGCCGGGGAGGACCGUGACUCCUUCCCGGUCAGCCGUGUGCUCAUCCAGCGGGGCGAUUCUGCCCAAACCCAAGAAGACCGCGUUCGGCCUCAUGCGGAUCGCUCUGGUAGUGGUGCCCUUCUUAUAUGUGGGGACUCAGAUCAGCAAGAACUUUGCCGCUCUGCUCGAGGAACACGACAUCUUUGUACCGGAGGACGACGACGAUGACGACUGAGGGGCCCCGGGGGUUCCUGCUCUCAGAUUGUCCUGUUUCACCACUGGAGAGUGUUCCUGAACACGAGCAGAUCCAGACCUUCCGAGGAUUCCUGCUGCUGCAGUUUCAAACUCUGUCUGAACCGGCUUUAGGGUCAUGUUCUCCACAGAACUGGGGCUGUCACAACUUGUUUCUACUGUACUGUACUUGCAUGCACUACUUUGGUUCGAAUAAAGGGAAAUAACACUUGUAA